CGCCUCCUCGGGCCGGCGGCGGCGGCGGCCGCGGCCUCUCUGUCCCAACCACCCUCUUCGGAGCCCGCGGCGCGGGAGCCGGGACUCACCCAAGUCAGGUUUUCUUGAAGAAAUGAAGAUUUAAGAGAGAUUUAUCUACCAAAUCAAAAGAUGGGAGCAAACAGCAGCAGCAUCAGUGACCUUUCGGAAAAUGAAUAUCUAAAAAGGUUAUCUGGAACAGAAUCUAUCUCCGAGAAUGACCCAUUCUGGAAUCAACUUCUUUCUUUUUCUUUUACUACACCAACUAACAGUGCUGAACUGAAGCUUUUAGAGGAAGCCACCAUCUCAGUCUGCAAGUCUUUAGUUGAAAAUAAUCCUCGAACAGGCAACCUUGGAGCACUCAUAAAGGUCUUUCUUUCUAGAACCAAAGAAUUAAAAAUUUCAGCAGAAUGUCAAAACCACCUCUUUAUUUGGCAGGCCCACAACGCUUUGUUUCUUAUUUCUUGUUUGCUGAAAGUGUUCAUCUGUCAGAUGCCUGAGGAGGAAAUGCAGCUUCAUUUUACUUAUGAAGAAAAAUCUCCAGUCACUUAUCAAGCUGACUCCGAAGAUCUCAUAGAAGAACUGCUUUGCUGCUUAAUCAAGUUAAUCAUUGACAUCCCACUCUUGGAUAUAACGUAUGGAAUAUCACUAGAGGCUGUGUCAACACUGGUCGUUUUCCUUUCCUGUCAGCUCUUCCAUAAGGAAAUUUUGAGGCAGAGCAUAAGCCAUAAAUAUCUGAUGCAUGGACGAUGUCUUCCGUAUACCAGCAGACUUGUGAAGACCUUAUUGUAUAACUUCAUCAGACAAGAAAAGAGACCUCCCCCUGGGACCCACAUCUUUGAGCAGCAAUCAGAUGGUGGAGGAUUGCUUUAUGGCCUUGCAUCAGGAGUGGCAACUGGACUUUGGACUGUCUUCACACUGGGUGGAGUAGGAAGUAAACCAGCACCUCAUCAGGAACAGUCUUCACCUCUCGCCAGUCAGAGCCUUCUGCUGCUGCUUGUGCUGGCCAAUCUCACUGAUGCUCCUGAUACGCCAAACCCCUACCGACAGGCCAUUAUGUCCUUUAAGAACACACAAGAUAGCACUGCUUUUCCCUCUUCAAAUCCACAUGCUUUCCAGAUUAACUUUAAUAGUUUGUAUACAGCCCUGUGUGAGCAGCAGAAGUCUGAUCAAGCAACUCUUCUUUUGUAUAUGUUACUGCAUCAAAAUAGUAAUGUGAGGACAUACAUGUUGGCUCGCACAGAUAUGGAAAAUCUUGUUGUACCAAUUCUUGAGAUUCUGUAUCAUGUUGAAGAACGGAAUUCACACCAUGUGUACAUGGCUCUUAUUAUUUUGUUGAUUCUGACAGAAGAUGAUGGCUUCAAUCGAUCCAUUCAUGAAGUGAUACUCAAAAAUAUUACCUGGUAUUCAGAACGGGUUUUAACAGAGAUCUCACUGGGUAGUCUUCUGAUAUUGGUGGUAAUAAGAACCAUUCAGUACAACAUGACAAGGACAAGGGACAAAUACCUUCACACAAAUUGUUUAGCAGCUUUAGCAAAUAUGUCAGCACAAUUUCGUUCACUUCAUCAAUAUGCUGCCCAGAGAAUUAUCAGUUUGUUUUCUUUGCUAUCUAAAAAGCACAACAAAGUUCUAGAACAAGCCACACAGUCCCUGAGAGGUUCCCUGAGUUCUGAUGAUGUUCCUCUGCCAGAUUAUGCACAGGACCUGAAUGUGAUUGAGGAAGUGAUUCGAAUGAUGUUAGAGAUCAUCAAUUCCUGCCUGACAAAUUCUCUCCACCACAACCCAAACCUGGUGUAUGCAUUGUUAUACAAACGGGACCUCUUUGAACAGUUUCGAACUCACCCUUCCUUUCAGGAUAUAAUGCAAAACAUAGACCUGGUGAUCACCUUCUUUAGUUCACGAUUGCAGCAGGCUGGAGCCGAGCUGUCAGUGGAACGAGUCCUGGAAAUCAUCAAACAAGGAGCUGUUGCACUGCCCAAAGACAGGCUGAAGAAAUUUCCAGAGCUGAAGUUCAAGUACGUGGAAGAGGAGCAGCCUGAGGAAUUCUUCAUUCCCUACGUCUGGUCUCUCGUGUACAACUCGGCUGUCGCCCUAUACUGGAACCCACAAGACAUCCAGUUAUUCACAAUGGAUUCAGGCUGAGGGCCCGCACCCGGCCUUCCCCGCUCCCUGCCCCACCCCACCCCAUGCAAAGUGACUCUUCUAGUUACCUAUUCCUGGAAGAGACAGACCUAUGUGUACUCUAGAACUGUGGCUUACAGAGAAUUAUCUAACCUUGUAUAGUUUUUGACUUUAAAAUUUCAUACCAGAUAGUAGGAGAGCACCAAGUAUAGAAUGUGGCACAAAAAAGAAAAGGACAAAAAACACAAUAAGAAUAAAAGUCUGAUAUGUGACCUUUAAUUUGAUUUCUCAACAAAAAACCUAGAGCUUAUCCAGAGAAUUGAUGCUUUAUGAACUUGGCAUAAUACUGCUUACUCCUUCCUUGUUCAAGUGUUCAGAGGGACUUUUUUGGGGGGUGGGGAGAAGAGGUUGUUUGGGGUUUUCUGUUUGAGUUUUUUGUUUUGUUUUUGCUCAGAAUGGGUAAAUGAGAAAAAGCCAGGUUAACAAGCUGACUGAACAGGUAUUCAGGGAAAUGAAACUUAAAAGCAUAUAAAUCUGGUGACCUUUCAAGGAGGCCUCCUUCCAUUUAA